AUGGCGGCGCCCAGCCCGUACAUCUUGUCCAUAAGGAGCGAGGAGGAGAUCCGGGAAUACAUCGCUGACCUCCUCCAGGGCUCCGACGGCGAGAAGUGCCGCUUCGUGGAGGAGCUGCUGGCCCGGUGGCGCAGAGCCAUUCAGCAGCCCCCCGCGCCUGGGCCGGCAUGUCGCCGGAAGGACGAGCCUUCAGAAGUGCCUCGGGCUGGAGACCUGUCAAAGAAGAGUAAGCGCAAAGGAAGGAACAAGCAGGAAACGCCAGCGUAUGUGGAGCCGAAUGUCCCCGUGGAGGAAGUCAAAACCCCCCUUGACCUGGCCAAGGCGCAGGAGAGCGGCAGCGGAGCCAGCAGCAGCACUAACUCCUCUAAGAAGAAGGCCAAAUACGUCAACCUGUACACGAAGGAGGGACAAGACAAGCUGGCCGUCCUGAUCCCCGGGCGUCACACGUGCGAGUGCCUGGGCCAGAAGCACAAGCUCAUCAACAACUGCUUGGUGUGCGGGCGCAUCGUCUGCGAGCAGGAGGGCUCCGGACCCUGCCUGUUCUGCGGUGCUCUGGUAUGCACUAAAGAAGAGCAGGACAUUCUUCAGCGGGACUCAAACAAGAGCCAGAAGUUGCUGAAGAAGCUCAUGGCAGGUGCUGAAAGUUCAGGGAAUUUGGAAGCUAUAAACAAGGACUUACUGCCUCGACAAGAAGCUAGACUCAAAGCAGGCCUGGAGAUGGCUGUGAAACACAAAGACAAAUUGUUGGAAUUUGACAGGACAAGCGUGCGCCGAACCCAGGUCAUUGACGAUGAAUCGGACUACUUUGCGACCGACUCCAACCAGUGGCUUUCCAAGCAAGAAAGGGAAGCCCUCCAGAAGAGAGAGCAGGAGCUGCGGGAGCUGCGCCAUGCCUCGCGCCUGGCCAGAAAAAUCACCAUCGACUUUGCUGGCAGGCAGAUCCUGGAGGAGGACAACCGCCUGGCUGAGUAUCACAGCAAGCUGGAUGAAACCAUUGCAGCCAUUAACUAUGGCACGCUGGGCAAGCCAGUUGGGAGCCCAGAUGCCAAGACGACUCUGAGUCCUGGUGUUUUAGUGAACCCCCGUCUUCUUCAGCCUGCACCUUUGUGGGUGGACCAAACGGGCUCGCUCCCACACAGGAAAGGCACCCAUUCCGCGGAGCCUGGGAGCGAGUCUGGCGCGGAGAGGAGCAGGUUGCGGAUUCAGGACCGAGAGUUACAGGAAAUCUCAGAUGACGGGUGGUGCCUCAGCAUACACCAGCCUUGGGCCUCCUUGCUCGUAAGAGGAAUCAAAAGGGUGGAGGGCAGGACCUGGUACACGUCUCAUAGAGGGAGGUUGUGGAUAGCAGCGACUGCUAAACGACCUUCCCCUCAGGAAAUCUCUGAACUGGAGGCCACCUACCGAAUGCUGCUCCGCAAAGAUGUGGAGUUUCCAAGUGACUAUCCCUCAGGAUGCCUCCUGGGCUGCGUGGAUGUGACUGACUGUUUGUCACAAGAGCAGUUUAACGAGCAGUAUCCGGAGCUGAGCCAGGAGUCGGGGUCUCCGUUUGUCUUCAUCUGCGCGAACCCCCAGGAGCUGAUCGUGAAGUUCCCCAUCAAGGGCAAGCCCAAAAUCUGGAAACUGGAUUCCAAGAUCCACCAAGGAGCGAAGAAGGGGUUAAUGAAGCAGAAAGCCACGGUGUGAGCCGGAGGGAGCGGCGCCGCGUUCCCA